AUGCCUCCAAAGAAGAAGACUAGAAGCAAUACCAUAGCUUCCCAAGAUGAGCCAGACCAUGGUGGCUCGGAAUCAAGGCAAAAUGUCUCCCCUAGAGAAGAAGAACAUGCAAGUGAGGGAGCUUUCACCCUUACAGACCUCAUUGCAGCCAUCGAAGCUAUGGGAGAAACCCAGAGGGAGAUUGUGGACACAAUCAAAGAGCAAAAAAGUUCAGUCUCCAAGCCAAGCGAAGAAAAUGAACGACCCUCAAGAGGAGUUUGCCGCUGCCGGAAAGGGUUUUGA